GCUGCUCCCGCUAGAGAAGGGAGUGACCGAAGGGGCCGGAGAGUGAAGGGACAGGAUGGCUUAGACACCGCUGCCCGCAGGACCCCACGGCGGGGGAGGCUCUAGACUACAGCUAGCGGCAGGGUAGUGGCCGGGGCUGGAGAGUCCCCUCGGAAGCCCUGAGCCAGCGCUGCGCGGUCUCUAAGGGACCCCCCAGAAGUUAGCAUCGCUGGGACUUGGAAGCUCUGCUCUCAACAAAGUGCCCAGCUAUGGCUGGCGAUUCUAGGAAUGCUAUGAACCAGGACAUGGAGAUUGGAGUCACUCCGAGGGACCCCAAGAAGAUUCCCAAGCAGGCCCGCGAUUACGUCCCCGUCGCCACAGACCGCACCCGCCUGCUGGCCGAGGGCAAGAAGCCCCGCCAGCGCUACAUGGAGAAGAGCGGCAAGUGCAACGUGCACCACGGCAACGUCCAGGAAACCUAUCGGUACCUGAGCGACCUGUUCACCACCCUGGUGGACCUCAAGUGGCGCUUCAACCUGCUCGUCUUCACCAUGGUCUACACCACCACUUGGCUGUUCUUUGGCUUCAUCUGGUGGCUCAUUGCUUACAUCCGGGGGGAUCUGGACCAUGUCGGCGACCAAGAGUGGAUUCCUUGUGUUGAAAACCUCAGUGGCUUUGUGUCUGCUUUCCUGUUCUCCAUUGAGACCGAAACGACCAUCGGGUACGGCUUCCGGGUCAUCACAGAGAAGUGUCCAGAGGGCAUCAUCCUCCUCCUGGUCCAGGCCAUCCUGGGCUCCAUUGUCAACGCCUUCAUGGUGGGCUGCAUGUUCGUCAAGAUCAGCCAGCCCAAGAAGAGAGCAGAGACCCUCAUGUUUUCCAACAACGCGGUCAUCUCCAUGCGGGACGAGAAGCUGUGCUUCAUGUUCCGCGUGGGCGACCUGCGCAACUCCCACAUCGUGGAGGCCUCCAUCCGCGCCAAGCUCAUCAAGUCCCGGCAGACCAAAGAAGGGGAGUUCAUCCCCCUGAACCAGACGGACAUCAACGUGGGCUUCGACACGGGCGACGACCGUCUCUUCCUGGUGUCUCCACUCAUCAUCUCCCACGAGAUCAACGAGAAGAGCCCUUUCUGGGAGCUGUCUCGGGCUCAGCUGGGCCAGGAGGAGUUUGAAGUUGUGGUCAUCCUAGAAGGGAUGGUGGAAGCAACAGGCAUGACUUGCCAAGCACGGAGCUCCUACAUGGAUACAGAGGUGCUCUGGGGCCACCGAUUCACACCAGUCCUCACCUUGGAAAAGGGUUUCUAUGAGGUGGACUACAAUACCUUCCACGACACCUAUGAGACCAACACACCCAGCUGCUGUGCCAAGGAACUGGCAGAAAUGAAGCGGGAAGGCCGGCUCCUCCAAUACCUCCCCACCACCCCCAUGCUGGGGGGCUGUGCUGAGCCAGAGCUGGAUGCAGAAGCUGAGCAGGAGGGAGGGGAUGAGCCCAGGGGGCUCAGUGGGUCCCAUGAUACCAGGGUCUCGGUGUGAGAGCCACACUCUCCUUACAACCUCCCCUCACUGGUUUCUGGGAGCACAGACACUACAUGGGGUGGGAUUGGGGGUGGGGGCACAUAGCUGAGUGUGCUGUUUAGGGGCUGUUUGCAGGGAAGAACAAUAUAUCCAGCCCUCCCAGCUCCCAGCUCAGGAGGUGGCAUCCUGCCUGGAUUCUCCCCCCCCAUGACAUCCUAUCUCUAACAGCAGUGGCCAAGGGGGCCAGGUCAGGAUGAGUUUCC